AUGAAACCACUGGACAUGAAGCACUUCCAGGAGGAUACGAUGCUAAUGCGCCAACAGCGUCACCGCGAAAAGAAUCACAUCGACAAAUUGGCGUGGCUGAAACGUAAAAUGGUCGAAGAGGAGAUACAAAACGAACGAGACGAAUAUUUCGAUAACGAAUGUUUAUCUCGUCGCUUUUCCGAUAUUAUAGAUAGGUUGGUUGAAGCGUUAGAUUUUGUACUGGGCACGAAAUGCCGUCAUCGUCAACCAUACUGCUGCGAGCGCGGCGAAGAAGCGGACUCGAUGCAGUUCGCCAAACCUACUACCAAAGGUCGGAGAUCGUUCCGAAAUCUAAACACGCCGAUAGUCGGGUAA